AUCGACCGGUCGAGCCUGCGCUCGCUCUACUCCGGAUUCCCUCAUCCCUGUCUCUCUCAUAGUCUCGUUCAUUAAAGUUCUGCGGUGGAACAACGCUCUGUGUGACUCUUCGUAACGUCCGCCAUCUUACCUUCGCCGUUCACCGUCACGUGUAAUCUCCGCGAACGAGGCUACGCAGUACGACGCCACCACGACGAGAUUUUCAUUGACCGCUCGACGAAGGCACGCCGUGCGGACAUUGCAUUUUAUCUGACGCGUUUCGUAAUUAAUUAUGAGUGAUAAAAAGACAUUGGAAGAUUCUUCGAAUUCCAACCACAAAAAAGAGGAACCUGAAAAAAAAAAAAUCAAAAAUAGUACUAGUUCAGUUGAAUCAGUUCCAAAUACAAAUCUGCCUAGUGUAUCGACUGCAGACUUACCUAGUACGAGUAGUGGCAGUCCUAAAGGGAGUUAUAUAUUUGCAGUAAACACUUUUAAUUUGGAUGAUAUCACAGAAUUGACUACUGAGUACCCGGAUUUAACUGGGGUCGAAGAAGAAACUUUUUAUUUUAAAAUUGUCGAAGAUGAGGAUGAAGACGAGGAUGAAGACGAGGAUGAAGACGAGGAUGAAGACGAGGUUGAAGACGAGGUUAAAGACGAGGUUGAAGAAAACAAUGCACCAGAGGAAACAUCUGAGAGGGCUACGACAAACAUUGCUUCAACAAGUUCAACCACUGAUAAUGAUUUCAAUUAUUCAACGGAGAUUACAUCGUUUCAUCAGAUAAACCUGGCCGAUGUUAUUAAAUCAUUUGUUGAAGAACAUAAUGUAGAUGAAUUUGAAUUUGAAGUUGAAGAUGAAGAUGGAGAUGAAGAUGAAGAUGGAGAUGAAGAUGAAGAUGGAGAUGAAGAUGGAGAUGAGGAUGAAGAUGAGGAUGAAGAUGGAGAUGGAGAUGAAGAUGAAGAUGGAGAUGAAUAAUAAUAUGUCAAAAGUCAAUAUGAAUACAUUUUUGACUGUGAUAAGCUAAAUUUUAAUGUAACUAACUUACACAUAAUGUAUAUUAUAUAAUAUAAUGUUUAUUAUUUAUA